AUGAAAACAAAUGAGGAACUUCUGCGAAAAGAGGAAGAAGAUAUAUCCAAAACUAUAGCCUUGUCUCUGGAGGAGUACCACGCCGCGCAGGGAAAAAAGAACGAGAAAGAUGACUACCUCCCGGAGGAUGAAAACGACGAAAUGCUGCAGGAAGCCAUUCGGCUGUCCAUCAUAGGAUGCAAGAAUAGCGAGAAGCAAGACAACAGUGUAGGCACGAAGGAAUCCUACCGAGACAUUGUAAAAAAAAAAUUCGAAAAAAUUACAUACUACCUAUGUAACAGCCAUGAAUCAACAAAAAAUCAAAAUGAUAUUAUCGACAAUAAACUAUUUUGGGAAGACAUCUACAAAAAUUAUAAAAACAUUUACAUCAUUAUAAGGGACUAUAUGAUAAGUCUGAAUAGGAGGAAUGAAAAAAUGAAUGAGGACUCCACCGAUUCUACGUCUAACAGGGAAUACGACGACAGUGAUGAUUCUAGUGAUUGCAGUAACAACUCUUCUUCCCUUUCUUGUUGUUCCCUGGAACAAAUAAAAAGAAGCUAUAAAAAUAUAAACUACACUACAAAGGAUUAUUGUAAGUGGUUGAGGAAAGGAAAUAGAAGCAAGUGUCUAAAUGAUCACGUCUAUGUAAAUUAUUUGUUAAAAGAAAUGAAGUUACUUGAUGACACUACGAGCAUUCACAACUUAGUGUUCGGUGUUAAUAAUUAUAAGUACUCCAAUAAAAUGGAUAUAAAGAAAUGGUGUAAUCAUAGUAUUUCAUUUUAUGACAGUAGACAAAUAAAUUUUGGACUCCGACAAUUUUUAAGUGGGCCCUGUGGACUCAUUUCCAGUGUCCAGGGGUACAUUAUCAUUAUUUUGCUUUUCAAUUAUAAGUAUCAUUUUCUGUGGGAUAAUAAUUACUUUAAUAUUUUGAAGACCAAUGCAGAUUUCUUGAAUUUCACCAAUAGUGAUACCCCUGGGGUGGGGGGGAAUACCUCUUCCCCGGGACAAGUCAACAAGUCAAGAGGAGGAAGUGGCGCAGCUCUUCGUAGUGACGCCAACACGGGGAAGGAUGAUUGUGAUAAACAAAGGGAGGACCACACCGGGGAGUACAACCAGAGCAGAGUCCCCCCUUGUGAUCAACACGCGGCCGGGGAAACCGAACCCGCAACUCCGAAUGAAGAAGACCGCACAAACUGCUCUUCGCAACGGAUUGAUUACCAAAGCAAGGGGGGGGACAGCACCACCGUGGGAAGCGACAAAAAUGGGGUGGAACACCCAAAGGGGGGGAGCUGGGGCAUGAGCAGCAGCGGGGAACGCGGCAGCGGCAGCCUCGACAGCACGCGCAGCAAUGCCAACAGUGGUAAUGACAUCGGAAAUGGAGGAGGUGAAGGCGGUCGAAGCGAUAGAGGCUCCUGGAAAACAGACACGCAGAAGGAGAACGUGCCAAAUGGAGAGGCCGGGAAGAACUUGGUCCACGACAAAGACCACGACAGGGAGGACGACGAGAGUGAUGAUUACGAUCACGAGUUUGUACAGCUAGUCAGAGAUAACAUAAAAGAUCUAAAAUAUUAUUCAUUAGUAGAAUCCAUGGCGUAUAUUCUGUAUCAGUGCACAGACAAAUCGUAUUACAUUAUAGCGUUUUUGCUCCCCGAAUGUUACGAUUUUUCAUUCUACAUGAACAGGAGAAGCUCCGAUGAAGACAUGAUAAGGGAUUUAAAAAGAAUAAAUAUUUACUACAAGGAGUUUAGCAGCAUUAAGGAAGUAAUAAAGUUCUACUUGGAGCAUUUCAUAAUUUUCUCGAGCUCAACUGGAGCCAUUUCUUUCUUAUAUUCUGUAAUUCUAACGAGAGGAAUGAACAAUAUUAUGAAUGAUAUGGACGACGUGAACCAUCCGUUAAUAGGGAUUUAUGGCCACUGCUCGCAGGAGUUGGUUAAUCUGCUUCUCACCGGCAGGGCCUGCUCCAACGUGUUUGAUAACAAUAGUAUUAUAAAUACGUUCCCGCAGAUGGACGAGGACGUAAGCGCUGCUUUGCUGUUUGACGGGGGCGGCAGGCGCGGAAGUAACAGUGGCAGCAGUUUGGGGGGUACCUUCGGGGGUAAUUUCCCUGGCGGUACUGCUAUCCCCCCGUUUGCGUCCCCCACUAGGGAUGCGAGGCACGGAUCAAGGAGCUGGAAUGGUAGCGGAGGAAGUGGCGGAGCUCCUCAGCUUUCCCCGGGGAUGAACAAAAACAAUAUCAUACUUAAGGGAAUCAAUAAGAGACCGCUGAUCGGACUGCUCACCGAUUUUGAAGCCUUCAAAUAUUGCGAAGUGGGAAGCUUCUACAAAUACCCCAUUUACCCUAUAUGGGUGAUUAGUAGCUCCAACCACUACACCGUCUUGUUUUCCCUAAACAUUAACAACUCAAAAUGUACCAGUGAAGAAUUAUUCUUAACCAAAUUGAAUAAAGUGUGGAAUAAAUAUGACAAGGAAAAUAACAAAUACAUUUUAUCUCAUUUCAUUCCUCAAUUUAUACAAGACUUGAAUUUAAAGGAGGAAUAUAAAAAUAUGUUUGAUGGCUUUGUGAGUGACCUAGACAUUUUGCUUUACUCCGAAUUUAAGGCGUUUUAUUUACAGUUAAAACAGAAUGAUAUUAACAAGCUUAAGAAUUCUGACCCCCCAAAGGAGAAGUACUUUUAUCUUUACGAUGCACAAGAAACGGCAGAGAAAUGUAUCAACUAUUUUCUGCUUAAAGAAGUCGACUAUGAUGUUACGCAUGAUAAUCAUUUAAAAUUUUUUAACACGCGCUGGCCAAACAAUACCGUCGAAAUUUUGAACAAUGUCAAGAGGUCCUCCAAGCAUAAGUAUGCCUAUUAA